UUUGGCUCGUUGCAUGGAGCCAUCUUUCUCCGGCUCCCUUGGCAGCGCUGUGAAAUCAGUGGUGCAGAGGAUGCGUGUCUCACCGGGAUGAGUCUGGACUCCUUGAACUUGGACACGGCCUGCUACAUCGUCCAUGGCACCAACUUCUUGGUUUCCAAAAGGUACACGGUGCUGGAGCAGGUGGGCCAGGGUGCCUAUGGCAUCGUCUGCGCAGCCCAGGACGAGGAGACGAGAGAAAACGUCGCGGUGAAGAAGAUCGAGAAUGCCUUCGAGCACAUCACCUUCACCAAGCGAACGCUGCGAGAGCUGCGGAUCCUGCGGCACCUGCGCCACGAGAACCUCAUCGACGUGAGGAACAUCUUCCUGGCCGGGACAAAGGAUGACUUCGAGGACGUCUACGUGAUCUCCGAGCUGAUGGAGACCGAUUUGGCUUCCAUCCUGAAGUCAACGCAGCCUUUGACGGACGACCACUGUCAGUUCUUCCUGUACCAGAUCCUGCGUGGCAUGAAAUACGUCCACUCUGCACAGGUGAUCCACAGGGACUUGAAGCCUCGGAACCUUCUGGUCAACGGCAACUGUGACCUGAAGAUCUGCGACUUCGGGCUGGCACGGGUCAGCUUCUCCAAGGAGUUUCAAACCUGCCCGAUGACAGAGUACGUGUGCACGCGUUGGUAUCGCGCCCCAGAGGUGCUUUGCUCCUGGGUCGACUACACCACCGCCAUCGACAUCUGGUCCAUCGGGUGCAUUUUUGCGGAGAUGCUGGAGCGGAAGCCGCUCUUCCCGGGCCAUAACACGCAGCACCAGCUACAGGCGAUCAUCAGCUUUGUGGGCAAACCCGUGCCGGAGGAGUUGAGCAAGAUCAAGAAUGAGAAGUGCAGGCGAUUCAUUGAGUCCUUGCCCGCUACCCCAGGCCAGCAGUUGGAGGACCUCUUUCCAGAGGCCCCGCCAAGCGCCCUCGAGUUCCUCAGCGCCACGCUGCGCUUCGACCCUGAGCAGCGCGUGCCGGUCACGGAGGCCUUGACGCUGUCCUAUGUUUCUCAGCUCUAUUGUCCUGAGGAUGAGCCAGUGAGAGGGCCUCUGGACACCUCGGACUUUGAGUUUGAGCGGCGGAAGAUCAACAUCAAGGCCCUGCGCGAGGAGCUUUGGCUCGAGGUGCUGCACUAUUAUCCAGAAAAGCGCGAGCUGUACCUCCAGCACCAGAUGCAGAGUGGGGACAGGUACAAUGUCUCCGCGUAUCGGCUCCUGGCUCCCGGCGAGCCGCAGUACUCCUCCGACGAGGAGGCCUGAGCCGAGCCUUCGUGUCACCCGGCGCCUGGCCCGAGCUCCGUUUCCGGCGAAGGGAGUCUGCUCACAAUUGGCCGGGGAA